UCCCAUCAUCAUUCUUUUCUAGUCUCUAAACAUACAGCAGUAUCUACUACAUAGUUUGCGUACUUAUUAAUAUGGAGGCCGCUUCAGGGGUCGUGGAAAUCACUGUAAUCUCCGGCGAGGACUUAAGGGUAAACUCGAGGAGGCCAGUGAAGAAGAAUGCCUUUGCCGUUGUGAGAACCGAUUCCAAGAACUAUCAGAUGACGACGGUCGACAAAGAAGGGGGAAGCUACUCGACGUGGAAUGAGAAGCUGGUGAUGAACUUGCCGGCUCACGCGAGGUUCUUGACGGUGGAGGUGCAUUGCAAGACUUCGUCCGGCGACAGGGUCAUCGGAACUGCGAGGGUUCCGGUGUCCGACUUUUCCGGAGGGUCGACGCCGGAGAGCUACUUGCAUUUCUUGAGCUACAGGUUGAGGGACGACAAGGGUGAAAGGAACGGGAUUGUGAAUCUGUCCGUAAGAAUGAAGGUGCCGGAGCGUGUGGUUCCCGUGAUGGCUGCGCCGCCGCAGCGGAUGUGGCCGGAGACUGUGGUGGGUGGCUGGGAUUGCGCUGGAGUAGUGAUGGGUGUGCCUGUUCGCUCCUCGUAUCGGACGGUUCAAGUUUGAAUUGACCACGAUUGUAUUUGGACCGUUGGUAUUAUUUUAAAAAAGUUUGAAUUGACCGGGAAAUGUAUUUGGACCGUUGGUAUCAUUUUAAAAAAAAUUGUAUAUAUACAAUAUUAUAUUCAUGUCAAUUCGGAGAAAAUAAUAAAAAUAUAUUCUGAA